GAUAGUGACAAAUGCAUCUUCUGAUGUUGGACCAAAUCCAACAGUCUUAAAGAACAUAUAGAACCAAGUCCGAUCUUGUAACAUAAAAGCAUUUUGGUGAUUUAGGUUCUGAGAUGAGCUCAAAGCAAGAGGAGUUGAUGCAUUCAGAUCUCCAUGCCACUCCAUGUGAUGUGACUUUAAUGUUGGUGCAUUUCUAAUUUGCAUCAUCAUGCAAGCAGCCCCUGGAGCUGCCAAGCAGAUCCAGGUCAAAGAAGAAAGAGAAAGGUUUCGUUCAUGGAAGUAGUAAAAAAAGGCCAUGGCAAGUGGUGGAGAUGGUGCAUCUCUUCAUGGUCAUUCAUGCCACUGAGCACUAAAUUAUGGAAAGGAGCUUUCUUUUUGGUGGAAUACAUGUGGUGUUGUUGGAUAUGAUCACCUCACUCAGGCUACAGCUAGUACCACCACCCCUUCCUGCCGUUGAGCUCGAUCCCACCCAUGCCAUGGAAGAUGCUGAGCUCCAUGGAUUUGCCUAGCGGCGGCGGUGGUGUUGCUGCUGCUGCGCAGGCUCAUGGGAUCAACAGGCAGCACGUCCAGGCGGCCAUUGUGAAGGCAGCUGAGCUGAGGGCGCUCCACGCGGCGCUGCUCCAAGGUGGCUCCGGCGGCAGCCCCGCCGCGGUGAGGUUGCCCGCCGGUGCUUCCCCUUCCGUUUCUCGCGGAGCUAGCCAGUUCACGGUACCUGAAGAUUACCCGGUCUUCACGCCGAGUUAUGAAGAGGACCCCCUGCCCGGAUACCACUAUUUUCAUCCGGAGAAUAGAAGCUUAUCGCAAAUCUGGAAUGAAAUCGGUCUGGAAGAAGGAAAAUAUAGUGAAGCAGUUGCCUUUGUUAAUAGAAGUACGAAUAAGCUUUCUCCAUCAAUCAGUGAACUGCACAUUCCCUCUGCAAUUGAGAAUGUAUCCAAUGGAACCUCAUGCGCUAACCAUAUGCCCCUGCUGCAACCCUCUUCGGAAGCUGAUGAUGUCAAGUCCUUAGGUAGAAGAACAGAAUCUGGAGAAUAUACAACAGUCUUGACAAACGAUACAUGCAACCAAGAAACUGUAAACAUGGAAGUGGGUGGUGAUCGGAAGAACCUCAAGAAUGCCAAGCGCACAGAGGUCUCACACGAUCCCGAGCAAUCUGUAAAGACACACAUAAAACACAGAGGGUCAGGUCUUUCAUGGUUGUUUCCAAAAUCAAAAAAGAAAUCCAAGCCGGAGAUGUCACCGAAAAUGAUGGAAUCUGAGGGCAUGUCCCAAAUCUUGAAGGAAUGGGGGGUUCUAUCACUGGAAUCGCUGAAGAAGGAGCUCCUCGAGGCCAAUGAAAACAGGGAUGCUGCACUGGCAGAAGUCUCAGAGAUGAGGUCCUCAUUGGGAGAGCUGCAACAGAAGCUAGUCAGUUUAGAAGCAUAUUGUGCAGAGCUGAAGAAGGCCUUAAAACAUGGUAUGCAUCCAAAGAGUUCCCAGAUUUCGGACAGAUCUAAUUUGUCAAAGAGAACAAAGGCCAUGAGCAGCAACAGAGACAAUUCGAUGCCUGUGAGCCAAGAGGUAAUGGUUGAGGGCUUCUUGCAGAUAGUUUCAGAAGCCAGGCUCUCAGUCAAGCAGUUCUGCAAGAUGCUCAUCCACCAGAUUGAGGAAUCCGAUGAUGAUCUGUCAGAGAAACUAAAUUUACUUCUCCAGCCACAUCAGAUGGCACUGAUCACUGGUAAGUACUCAAAAGGAGUUAUCUAUCAUUUGGAAGCAUUCGUAAACCAAACUCUAUAUCAGGAUUUCGAGAACUGUGUGUUCCAUAAGAAUGGUUGUCCAAAAUUUCUGGAUCCCCGGGAAGAGUGCAGGGAGAACUUCUCAUCUUUUGUUGGGCUUCGGAAUUUGAGCUGGAACGAGGUGUUGCAGAAAGGGACCAAGUACUACAGUGAGGAUUUCAGCAGGUUUUGCGAUCAAAAAAUGAGCUGCAUUGUUUCCAUGCUUGACUGCUCAGCGCCAUGGCCUGAGCAGCUUCUGCAAUGCUUCUUUAUCGCCGCCAAGUGUAUUUGGUUGCUCCAUUUGCUGGCCUUUUCCUUCAGCCCACCCUUGACGAUCUUGCGUGUCGAGGAAGAUCGUGAAUUCAAUCCCCUCUACAUGGAGGAUAUUCCCUUGGACAGGCACAGACUGCAAGGCGCUACCCGAGUUAAGAUCAUGGUGAUGCCAGGAUUCUAUGUUCAAGAUAGGGUGCUGAAGUGCAGGGUCCUCUGCAGGCAUGGUUCUGUACCAUAAUCAUUCAUUCCAAAGAAUUCUUUUCUUUUUCUUUAGCACCACAUUUCGGCUUUCUGGAGUGAUCAAAAUUGAUGUUUCAUCUCCAUAACUGCAUGCUUCUCUUUUAAUCUCUCUUCUCGAGUACAGUUUGUAAUAUCCAACUAACCACAAGUGACCAUUUGGAGAACUUGUAGUGGAUCCUGUCAUAAUUAUGAACAACUAAAGAAAUUUGAUCACAGUUACCUGAUCGAUUCA